UAACCACAUCGACCAGAGCAGGGAACCCGCGCGCCGGCUCCUGUUCCCCUCCGGAAGGUUCUAGCGGGUGCACCGGCUCCCACUGCGGGACCGCAUUAGCUGCGGCACGGAGGACUGGGUCAUGUCGGUGAGGGGAGUCAGCUGCUUCGUGACCCGAGGUUGGUGGUGUAUAUUCCAGCAGCUAAGGCUCCCCAAGAUGGUGCAACACCGGAGCUUUCUCCUCUGCACUUGCUGUAAGGACAGUCACUACGCUUCUGCAGAUCUCCACAAAUUUGACUACUUGCAGCCUGACUCUGAAGCCGAAGACAUUGACGGGUGCUACACACCCCAGCAGCGGGCAACUGUCCUGAGGGUGCUGAACACAGCUUCCCGCGAGGAGCUGGCAGGAAUCAAGCUACUGCGAGGCAGAAAGUCGGCCAAUAUUGUGGAGUACAGAGCUGGACAUGGACCAUUCACCAACCUGCAGACUCUGUUGGAAGUGCCACUGUUCAAACACAAGACUAUAAUGAAGGUGUGUCAGUCAAUCCUGAACCCUUGUCAGGAGUCUGGGAAAAAAGAGAAGAAACUCCAGGGUUUGAAAUUUGUCAAACCUGAUGUAGAACGAAAGCGACUUCUGGCAGCGAAAAGUAUCGUGUCAGUCGUGUUUGGAAUCCGUAAGAUUGCGUGGGCUCACGUGGAUCGGAAUCUGACUGUCCUGAACUGGAACCAGGAGACAAGUCAUCGGUACAUGAAAGGCCCGUACCUGCCCUCCAUCUACCUUGAGGAGAUCUCCUCGGCCAUCUCAAAAAUCCCCAAAGCAGAUUUCUUCAUCUUGGAGAAGCCCAGCAUCUCAGUCCAGAACACCAACCUGUUCCCUGUGACUCUACACUUGCGCACCAUCGAGGCUAUGCUACACGGGCUGCUGGGGGGGACCUUCCUGGAGGAUGGUCAGCAUAAGGUGCUGAGCAUGGUGCGCACGGCUGUCGGGAAGCACUUUGAGUUAAUGGUGGGGGAUUCCCGGACGAGUGGCAGGGAACUGGUGCAGCAGCUCAUGGUCGACUCAGUGACGCAGGAACACCCUCGGGUGCUGUUCCCUCAGGAUGCAUUGGCCCGCUACAGGAGACUAUUUCAGAAGGGAAAUGCAGAUCGGGGAGAAGAAAUGUGUGAUGCUUUGCUGCAGGCUGUUGCUUUCUAUGAAUUUCUGUUUAACAAUUCCUAAAAAUCUCAUGAUGAUUAAAGAAGGACUCCAUUUUACUCAUACAGACAUCUUGAUUAGUGCCAAUCUUGGUCAGGAUGGACAAAGAAGAAAAUGUCUAUUAAAGUUUCUCCUUGUUCCCACUCCUCUCUGUCUCAUUGCCAUGUGGUUUAUUAGUCACCCUUUGAUACCUUGCCCAUGUAGCCUUAGAGCACUUGUAUUCUUCCUAGUGGUCUAGUCAAUACUUAUCCCUCAUCAGCAUCAAAGAAGAAACAAUUUGGUAAAUGUCACAUUGCUGUUUGUGGGAGGUUUGCUGUCAGCAAAUUGACUCAAUGUUUUCUAUACUGCAAAAGUACCCACCCUUCAGAAAUACUUUUUUGACUCUUUAAGUGCUGUAGAAAUGCAAGUUCUUUUCUUGUGUAUAAACCCUGACUGAAAAUGUUGGAUUGAUUAUUCAACUGAACUAAGCUUCAUGGUUGAGCGAUAGCCUGAUGCCUAUUCAAACACUUCGCUCCUCCACACUGUCCUGAAUCCAAGAUGUGGAGGUGCUGGUGUUGGACUGGGGUGGACAAGGUCAAAAGUCUCACAACACCAUGUUAUAGUCCAACAGGUUUAUUUGAAAACUCAAGCUUUCAGCAGCUUGCUGCUCUUUCAGAUGUGUUUUUUGUCCUUUAUUCAUUAAUGGGAGGAGGACGUCAGUGGCUAGGCAGCAUUUAUUGUCCAUUCCUAAUUGCCCAGAGGGCAGUUCAGAGUCAACCACGUUGCUGUGGAUCUACUCCAGACCAUGUAGGCCAGACCAGGUAAGGAUGGCAGUUUCCUUCCCUUAAGGACACUAGUAAACCAGAUGGGUUUUUCCUGACAAUUGACAACAGAUUCGUGGUCAUCAUUAGAUUCUUAAUUGCAGAUUUUUUUUUAAUAUUGAAUUCAAGUUCCACCAUCUGCCGUGGCAGGAUUCGAACCUAGGUCCCCAGAACGUUAUCCAGGUCUCUGGAUUAACAGUCCAGCGAUAAUACCACUAGGCCAUUGCCAACCUGAAGAAGGAGCGAGAUUCUAAAAGCUUGUGCUUUUAAAUAAACCUGUUGGACUAUAAUCUGGUGUCCUGAAUCCAAGAGCAUUGAUUGUAACUCAUUAGCAGAGGGCAUUUAGUAGAGACUUGAGUGGAUUGCAGGCAGCAAUCAGCAAUAAUAUCAAUUUAAAAUAUAAACAGAAAAUGCUGGAAAUAGGAGUUAAUGUUUCAGACUGAUAACCUUCAGAACUGACUUGAAUAGUUAAUUUUGUUUCUGUCUCCACAGAUGCUGUCUGAUCUGCUGAGCUUUUGCUGUUUUUAAUUUCAGAUUUCUAACAUUUACAUUUGGCUUUAGUGUUAGUAACUUCAACCCAUUGCUUGGAGACUGCUGCAGUUUUUGCUCUGUCCAACACUUCACAUCUGUCUUAGUAACAUCAGAGCCAGUAGUGUUCCCUUGAAACAUCUUUGAAGAAAGAAUAGACCUACAUUUAAAUAGUGCCUUUCACGACUUCAGUGUAGUGAUUGUUGUAAUGUACGAAACAUCACUGCCACUUUCUGCAAGGCAAGCUCUCACACAGAGCAAUGUGAUAAUGAUCAGGUACUGUCUUUUAAUGCUGCUGUUUAAAGGAUAAAUAUUGAUCCCAGGACAUUGGAGCUAAUCCUCUAUUAUUGUUUGAAAAAUGGCAUGGGAUCUAAUACAUCAAACUCAAAGCGUAGAUGUGCCCUUCCCUGACAGUGCAACUCUCCUUCAGAAUAGUUUAGCUUAUUAGGCUAGACCAGGAUCUCCAGAUCAUACGUUUUUCAGCCUGGAGCGGAAGUCAAACCCAUGCAUAUUUUUACUCGGCUGAGUAUUACUGAGCCAUGAUGUGUGUGUGUGUGUGUGAAGACUGAGAUCAGGUAAUAUUCUAGGUCAGUACAUAAGUUUCUCACUGGGAGGGAGGGUCACACAGGGCUUCACAAAGUCAUCAAAGACUAUUUAUGUUUAUGAAUUUGGUGGUUGUCUUCUAAGAUUCAGUUUGAUUUAAGCAUUUUUGUGCCUUUUCAGUGUCCAAUGAUGGAAAAUGUAUGAGCUUAUUUAGUUGAGGAGCUGCUCCUUUAACUGGAUUUUAUGCAGCUAGAUUCUAACUAGAUUUCAAUCACCCAGCUGAUGAUUCUUUUGUGCACAAACUGUGUACUAUCUUGUUUAAGUUAAUAUUAAAUUGUUUUUAUGGUUGAUCCACCCUGACUUUUGAACACUCAUCAUUGGCUGUUAAGUGCUUUGGGGUGAAAGGCAUUACAAAGUCCUUUCUUUUAAAGUCUAAUAAUUGUAAAGCUAGAGUGUUGCACAUUUCUUAUGGUACAUGUAGUUAUUUAUUAUUAAAUUGUUUGAAUUGCUUGUCUUUUU